AUGGACCGCACGGUGGAGGCCUCACUCCACCAGCCUCUGAGGCUCAUAUGCCGCACUGCUGGGGGAGAUCCGCAACCAAAAAUCUGGUGGACCAUCAAAGACUACAUCAUCCCAACCAGGAACGAGUUUCAGCCCAGUAUGCAGAUGUCUUUAAAGAUGCUGCAGAAGACAUACAUUUCACGACCAUCCUUCAACACGAUCAACACUUCAAGCCGCCAGAUGUCGAGAAACUCCAUACAUCAGAGCAACAAGCCUGUCGAGAAAAGCCAAAAAGAAAGGCCUUUUGAGGACAACCAUCUUCUAGAGACUGGUAUUUUUCACGCCAUGCAUCGCUUAGAACUUUCUCCGAGUCAGCCCUAUGGAGAUAUUCACUCGACUUACGAUCUUACGACACAGAAGAAUAUGACUUUAAGUACUCUGAAGAUCGCCAACAUCACAAUGGCUUAUGAUGAUGCGGAUCUUUCUUGCUGGGCUGCCAACUCCAACUUGUCUACGCCGCUGGAGGUCAAAAUGCAGCUGGAAAUCUUCAGUCCGCCGUCAUCAGUGGAUUUGGUUGAUUUUCCUGAGGCCUUCACGUCAGGGGAACCUCAUCCUCUGAGUUGCCGUGUGUACGGGUCGAGGCCACGCCCUAAACUGGAGUGGUCGCUUACCAAACCUGACAGCCCAGCCAUGAAGCUCAGCACUCAGGACUUGAACGAUCCGAAUUUCUGGUCUCCCUUGGAUGGCGGUGGCACCUCAAGUCGAGUGACUUCGUCAACUGCAGUUCAAACACUGCAGUUGAGUUCAAGUCCAAGCCACUCUACGAAGAUCGACAGGACGCUCUUAAGAAAACAGUCCUACAGUUCAGGGCAACUCAAAGUCGUGCUCGGUAAAGAGGAUCAUGGUGGCAAACUCUCGUGUGUUGCUUGGAACAACUUCUUUCCGAACUACAAAGUGAACGCCACUAAGACUAUUCACGUUAAUUAUGCUCCAGAAGUUGAAUUGGAAUUGGGAGUCAAAAUCGACCCUUCACAGGUGCGUGAAGGCACAGACUUGUACUUCACCUGCAAGGUGGACUCGCGGCCUCCAGCAGACCAGCUCUCCUGGACACAUAAGAACCGUACGCUUAAGAACGACUCAGUGCUGGGCGUGCUGAUGUCAGGCGAGCAUUUGGUGCUGCAGUCCGUGACACGGGACUGGAGCGGCACUUUUUCCUGUACAGCUGCCAACUCCGUCGCCUCCGUGGUCUCCAACACCAUCAACAUCAGCAUCUUAUGUGAGCUAUAA